ACAGAAAUAUAUGUUUGGAACUUUUUCACCAGUCUUGGCCAGCAGUGGUUAUGUUAGUGUGUGAGUCUAGUUGCUCAAGCUUGGAAGCAGAACGACAGGACUUAAAAAGUUGGAAAGCUUUCAGCUGCUCAGUUACUUGAAGCUUUUGAAAGAACUCUCACUACAACUGGAUUGUACAUAAUGCCAACCUUUGAUGAGUUGUUGGUGGACAUAGGGGAGUUUGGGUCAUACCAGAAGAGGGUUUUUUUGCUAACUUGUGUUCCCGGUAUACUUUUCAGUUUUGUUUUUGUGGGGAUAGUUUUCCUGGGGGAUACUCCUGCUCACUGGUGCCGGAGCCCCGCAGUGGAUGAAAUCAGAGAAAAAUGUGGCUGGACUUGGGAGGAAGAGAGGAACUUUACAGUUCCCCAGCUGAAAGGGGCUGAGGGUUCCUUCAGCCAGUGUGAACAAUACGAUAUACAUUGGAACAGCACUGACUUGAGCUGCAGCAAGCCACUGUCACAGUCCACUAAUUACUCUACAGAUGGGAUACAUCUUACUCCCUGUAAGAAUGGCUGGAACUUUGAUACUUCAAGAACCACUAUUGUCAGUGAGUAUGACCUUGUAUGUGAGCAUGCAUGGAAGGUAGACCUUACCCAAGCUUUCCUGAAUGUGGGAUUACUAAUAGGAGCGGUAGUCAUUGGCUAUGGAGCAGAUCGGUUUGGUAGAAAGUUGUGUAUCCUUAUUUCUGUUUUUGGAUUGGGAGUCUCCGGGGUAGCAAUGGCAUUUUCACCCAACUAUAUAAUGCUGCUGUUGUUCCGCACAAUUCAAGGUGUCUUUGGGAAAGGAGCAUGGAUGGCUUCAUUUGUGCUGGUAACAGAAAUAGUUGGAUCAAGCCACAGGAGGGUUGUCUCUAUUGUGGCUCAGAUAUUUUUUACAUUUGGGGUGGUAAUCCUUCCUGGGAUUGCUUAUCUCAUCCCCUCAUGGAAGGCCUUACAACUGACCAUCACACUGCCAACCUUCAUCUUAUUAAUAUACUUCUGGCUCAUUCCGGAAUCCCCACGGUGGUUGUUGAAUCGGCAAAAAAUAAAAGAAGCCCUGAAAAUUGCAGCGGACAUUGCCAAGCAUAAUGGAAGAUCAUUACCAGAAAAGUACAGAGAGAUGAAACUUUUAGAGCCAAACCCUGAAGAUCUCAGUAACCCAUCCUUUCUAGAUCUGUUUAGGACAUCACAGAUGAGAAAGCAGACAUUAAUUCUAAUGUAUGCCUGGUUCACAAAUGCUGUGGUUUACCAAGGGCUUAUUAUGCGUGUAGGAAUCGUGGGGGGUAACUUACACCUUGGGUUCUUUAUCUCUGGGAUUGUGGAACUGCCUGCAGCAUUCAUUAUUUUAUUGACUAUUGACCGAGUGGGGAGACGUCUUCCGUUUGCCACUGCUAACAUAGUGGCAGGAGUGGCAUGUCUCAUUACCGCUUUAAUUCCAGAAGACAUAAACUGGCUGAAGACAACCUUUGCAGUUAUUGGCAGGCUUGGGAUAACAAUGGCGUAUGAAAUUGUUUACCUUGUAAACUCUGAGCUGUAUCCCACAUCAUUAAGGAACCUUGGAGUUUCUGCAUGCUCAUCCCUUGAUGAUGUUGGAGGGAUUUUAGCCCCUUUUUUGCUAUACAGAUUAGCAAGUGUAUGGUUAGAGCUACCUUUGAUAUUAUAUGGAGUCAUCGCUUUGUUGUGUGGUGGGCUAGUAAUGCUUUUACCUGAAACCAACGGCAUUGAUUUACCAGAGACAGUGCAGGAUGUAGAAACAUUAGGAAGGGGCCACAAGGUUCAAGUUAAAAGAAACAAGUCGAAGACUAGAGAUUCCUGCAUAUGACCACAAAGCAAGAGGAAACUUUGAACAUAAACUAAUGCCAGGUUACUGUCGUUAUUACGCACAAGUAUCUUAGUAAAACUAUUAUUUAGGAACAGUCAAUGAAGUUAUAAUGGCUUGUGGAAAAGAUUGGAUCAGUACAUAGGCACAGGGAAAUGUUGAGGCUGAUUUCAUUAGAAGGAAAUUGAAUUAUAUUAAACGAGUUGAUUUGAUCACAGUUCAAGCAUCCACACUGGUCUGUUUACUGAACAGUAGAAAAAUAUUUGCAAUAGAGUCCUAAAAUGUAUUUGUAGUUUAAAUUAAAGGUAUACAUGGGGUCUACACACAAUAACUAACAGGUGCAACAGACCUAACUCUUUUUAUCUCAAAAACUUCCAGCUUCAGCUUUUUACUCCCUGCGAUGCAAUUCUUUUUAUCAGAGGUUUAGUGUGUUUGCAAAUCCCUGGCGGCUGGCCUGCUGUACACGUGUAAGACUUCCUUUUAUCAGUCCAUGUUGCAGCUUUAGUACACUUUCACUGCUAGUUUGCCAAACACAUUUUAAAAGGGUUAUGUUAUUAAAGUAAAUAUAUAUUUGUUUUUAUAAUUUUAUUUAUAGAAUCUUGUUUAGUGAUAGGAUGCCACUAUAAAAAUGUUUUUUUAUUUAAACUAUCAGCAUUCAUUCCAAUAUAUAACCGCUUAACAAAACUGUAUUGUAUAUCUUUUAUUUUUAAGUUCAAAAGGAAGAAUCUUGUGCUUUCUCUAAUGUUUUGUUUUUAAUGUGUUAGUUUAAAUGUUUUAAUGCUUAAUUGGAAUACAAAUACUAUAGUUGCUUAAACUAUUUUUGAACUCCUGUUCUAUAAUGAUUGUUUUAACUGUUUAGUCUUCUCUCUUUCUCUGUAUCCUUCCCCAUCCCUAUUUACUGUGUGCUAAAUUGGUUGUGCCCAUCCUUGAAUCAAUGAUCCAUUAUUGGCAAACAAAAAAAGGAAUAAUCAUGGAUAACGUUCCCUGAAAUAGGAAUAUUAACCAUUAUAAGUGGGUGUUUCCCUUUAAGACAUCCGAACCAGAAAACGUAUGCCAAAGAAUUCUCGACAAAGCAGUGUGACGUGGCUGCUGCUCUGCCCCUGAAAGCAUAAAUGAGCUACUUACACAAACAACGCUGUCAUUUUCCUUCGAGAACUACGACCAUGAACACCUUGACCUCAAAGUUAAUGGUUAAUAUUCCUAUAUCAGGGAACCAGGAUUAUGAUAAUAACCUAACAUUCCAUUUCAAGUAGGGAAUAUUAACCAUUACAAAUGAGAAUACCCAAGCUGUCACAAGGGCAUGGUUGUAGAGCCAAAACCGUUUUGUGCUUGUUAAUCAAUAUCCCAGCAGUGACUGGAAUGAAACAUUUUUAGGAUCAACUCACUAAUGUUCUGUUGUGAGGGUGGACUGGGAAGCUGCCCUCAGCGCUCUAGUGCCGAAUCCAGGGUUCUGCGGAUCCACGACAUUCAGUCGGUAGAACCUGGUAAAGGUAUGGGGGGGGGAGCCCACACACCGCUGCACUGCAUAUGUCACGGACAGAUGCACCCUGGAACAAAGCCCAUGAAGUCGCCUGGCCCCUGGUGAAUUGGCCAGUGAGCUUCUCUGGUGGAGGCAGAUUGGCCAGUUCAUAAGCAGUCUUAACCGUGCCUGUCAACCAUUUAGACAGACACUGCUUAGACAGGGCCUGUCCCUGGGGCUUAAUAUACAAAAAAUGUGUUCUGACUGCAUUCCAACCUUUAGUCCUGUCAACAUAAUAUGCUAAUGCCCGCUCUGGGCAAAGUGUAUGGACCUGGUGCUCCUUGUCAGAUUGGAAAGGGGGAGGGGGGAGGGUGGAAAGCCUCCAAUUCCACUGGUUGACAUGAAAAGUCAGGAUGGUCUUUGGCAAAAAGGCAGGGUUAGUAUAAUUUUCGAUAUUGAGAAUGCUUGCAUUUCACUCACCCGCUUAGCAGAGGUGAUUGCAAACAAGAAAUCUGUCUUGAAAGACAAAGAUUUGAGCUCAGCUGAGUGCAUGGGCUCAAAUGGAGGUUUCAUCAGUGCCAAUGAGGAACUAUGUCCUUCACCGGCAGCCUAUGCCUUUCAAAAAACUCCCCGCCAGGAAGUGAGCUCCUGGGGAGACUUUUAUUAAUCAAUUUUCACAUGGCAAACCGAAAUGGCAGCCAAAUAAACCUUUAAAGUAGAGGAGGAUUUCCCCUCAUCGAAAAGGUCCUUCAAAAAUUGCAGUAUCUGCCAUAGGGCGUGUUGUGGGUUCGAAACCACGAGACAUGUACCACGCUUGGAACACGCCCCACUUGUACCCAUAUUGGGAACGUGUAGAGGCUGCCCUGGUGUUUUGUAGGGUGUCAAUCACCCUGUUCGAUAACCCCAGACGGCUCAAAUGCAGCCGUUCAGGGGCCAGACCCAGAGCUGUAGGCUCGAUGGGUUGGGGUGCCACAAAGUGCCCUGCGUCUGGCUGAGCAGGUCGCAGCGGAUCAGCAGUUCCCACGGCUGGCCGAUCAGGAGUUGCAUCAAGGAGGAGAACCAGACUCUCCUGGGCGAGUUUGGGGCUACUAGGAGCACCCUGGCCCAGUCCUGCCUGACUGACCUUCUCCAGACAUAGCGGGAGCAGCGUGAGUGGUGGGAACACAUAGAGUAGAUGUGCUGGCCAGAGGUGUGCCAGUGCAUCUACCCCUAGAGGUCUCCCAUCUCCUCUUAUGGAGAACCACGGGACAGUGUGCCGACUCCUGACAGGCGAAGAGGUCUAUCUCUGCUCUCUCGAAUCUCUCCCAAAUAAGGCUCAAGAUCUCGGGAUGGAGUCUCCACUCUGCACCGCUGGGGACCCCACUCGAGAGGAGAUCCGCAGCCCAGUUGAUCACUCCAGGUAGGUGAACUGCCGGGAGAGGGAGGAGGUUCUCUUGUGCCCACAGCAGAAGCUUGCGGGCCACACGGUGGAGACUGAGUGACCGCAAACCACCUAAGACAGACAUUGAACUUAUCUUUUCCGUCAUCUGCAGGUAGCUUGGCCUUGCAAGAGACACAUGCAUAAAACCCAGGCAUGGCAUAAGCAGGACCAGUACUACAUAGCAGUGCACACAGUAGUGAGUUUCAGUGCACACAGUAGACAGUGUCAAUACACACAGUGCAUACAGUGACAGUCAGCAUCGCGGUGCACUCUCGGGAUCAGGAGCGACAGGUCGUAGUUACUGCUAGUGGCUAACCUUCCAGUCAGUACAGGCAUGAGACUGGAAGCAACCUGCUUGAAAACAAGCCUUUGCAGUAGUGUGCUGGAAUAUCAACACUAUUACAGCAACAAGCUGUUAAUGUAAGCACACCCACAGCAGCUGCUCGGUUUUGUUUCAAUACUUACCUCGUGCAAAAGAAAAAUGAAACACAAUAAAAUAGAUAAAAUAUACAAUAAUACACACAACCGGUAGAAUGCAAAGCAAAAACACGGUGAACAAUUUUUUUUUUUUUUUUUUUUUUUAAACUCCAGCCGGAGUAGACUUUGUGUGCUAAGGUCCCAGGAAGGACGGCACUUGAGCCACAGGCUUCCCGCGGAGCACUAGGCCGCGGCGGGACUUCACCAGCACUAGGGCUGUAGUAAAAGAAAAGCUAGAAAUAAACAAUUUUUACUUCAGUGAUUUCAGUCAUUUUAAAUUAGCACUUUUAAGCAAAAGCUAAAAAGUAUGAACAAUGUAAUAGAAAAAAAUAGAUAAUACUUAUCAACGCUCUCUGAUGUAUUCAGGUCUAGUUGAAAAAGAAAAUGGCAGCGUUGUUUGUGUACGUAGCUCCUUUAUGCUUUCGGGGGCGGAGGAGCAGCCACGUCACACUGCUCUGUCGAGAAUUCUUUGGUAUAAAUUUUCAGGUUUGGGAGUCUUAAAAGGAAACACCCAUUUGUAAUGGUUAAUAUUCCCCACUUGAAAGAGAACCUAAAUCAUGUUUUAAUUGUGACUUUCCCUAGUUAUUAGUUCUUCUCUAACUCUCUCUUGUUGGUCUGCUUUUCAAUUGUUGACUUUUUUAAAAUAACAAUUGGGUGGAUUUAAUACAUGUUCAGAUGCCCAGUUUAAUUACGUUAUACAUACAGUAACACACCUUUAAGUACAAACUGAAAGAGGAACAAAACAUCUCACUGCCUCACUAGCCUCAUAUGUCUUCUUGACCUCUGUCACCCUGCACUGUUUGUUGGGGCAUGCCGCGUCGUUGGACAGCAAGGACAGGUUGGCCGAUUCAACAAGUGCAGCAAUGGGGGCCUCUAUAACCUGUCUCACUGACAGAGCGUGGCGAUGCCGAGUGCUAAGCAGGCGUGAGGGAACGUUCCCUGGAAUGCUGGGCCAUCAUUCCGUUAGUCAGAAACGUGAUUGUCACUGAUUUAAUACGAUUAUUGAUAAUAAUUUUUCAUUAAAAUUAAUAUUCAAGACUAAACAAAUAAUGUGCUGCAUAAUACUCUGUUAGUAGUGUGUGUAGAUCUUGUCCGUCAUAUUUGUUUACGUUGUUGAAUUUGUUUGAAUUUCAGAAAGUCAGAAAACAGUGGCAGUGAUGUUUUAAUCACCAUUUUAGUGUUUGGAGCAUCUCUCUUUUGUAGUAUGCUUUGUAAUUAAUUUUCUGUUAACUCACAGAAUCGCUGUUUAGCAGUUCUUUCACUUUCAGCCAUUUUCUCUUGUGAGAAGUGCAGGGAAUGGCGGUGUGUUCCUUUGAAAAGGGGCAGGACUGACAGUGAUGUGAACCAAUUACAUAUCAGAGGGAGACUAUUGCCCUGUGGUGUAGGGAUGUUAGGGCAAUAGUUCAAUCUAUUUUUGCUGCUAUGAGGAGGCCAGAAUUUCCAAGCAUAUAUAUAUAUAUAUAUAUAUAUAUAUAUAUAUAUAUAUAUAUAUAUAUAUAUAUAUAUACGCACACACACACACAACUUCUGUUCUAGCAUUGGUGCUUUGUGUCAUCAUCAAAAUUGAGCAGUAGGUGUUCAUAAUUGUCUGUUGUAUCAAACAUUUUUUUUUAUCUUGAUUUCUUAUAAAAAUAGACAGUAGAAAAACUUGUGUUUACUCUGUUACUGAGCAUGUAUGUUUAAAAUAGUUGUACCACACACCAAUAUCUGUGUUAGCCCUUAUAAAAGUUCACCAUAGUAAAAGCAUAGAACAUUGUAAUAAAACCACAGUGAAAGCAUGGUAAAGCAAAGCAUUGUGAAGAAUAGUGAGGUAAAGUAAAUCACAUUAAUAAACAUGGCAAACCAGGGUAACCUAUGGUAUAUGCACAGUAUAGCCAUGGGAAAGCAUGGCAAAACUGCAAAAAUACCGUGGUAAAACUUUAUAAGGGAGUUUUCAUUCAGAUGAAUUUGACAAGUUAAGCUCUUUUUGCCCUGUUUCUAUAUCCGUGUUGGUCUAUAAAUAAAUACAUUUUUGAAAUAAUGUUUAGUUUAUUUCUGAAAAAAAAAACAGUGGUCAUUCAUUAUCUGACAAAAUCUUGAAAUAUGGCAUCAAAUGAAAUAGUGAAAGGUGAUUAUGCAGUAAAGCAAAUACUUACUGUCAACCUGGCCUAACCGUGAAAGAAUCCAAUUUGUGAAUUAUUGAACAGUCAUAUAAAGGGCCUGUAGUUUACUGAUUCUUCUUACCAGAAGGUAGUAUUUUAAUAAUUAACCAUUUUUGCUUCAAACAUAAAUCUGCUGCCCCCUCUAGUGGUUGCCGUUUAUAGCUGUUGAUAAAAAUAUAUAGUACAGUCAUAAUCUAUUUACUGUACCAGAUUGUCAAUUAACCCUUUUUUAAUGUAAUACUUGGUAGGGCAGAAAAGUUCUUAACUGGCAGUUGUGCAAAUAGUCAACUAAUCAGGCUGCUCCCAUUAGUCUGGCUAGUUGUUGUUAUACAGUAGUGUUUCAUGACAAACUAGUUCCUUUUAAUAAUGUACGGAACCCCUCAAGGUACAUUGACAAACUUUUGUGAAAAGUGGCAUUGCACACAGAGUGUCAAGUGUCAAAGACAGAGAUUUUUUUGUAUUUAUUUCUGCCUGGUUAUUCUCGCCGCUGAUCUUUCAGAACCCACUUACAGUAGGGCAUUACAUUAUUUUUCAAUAAGCCUAUUGGGGCAUGUUCAUUUUAGAAAAAAAUACGUGAUAUGGUUGAAGUGGACUAAAAUUCUGAGUGCUUUGAAGUUGUGAAUGAUAUAAACUGAUAAAGUCUAACAAACUAACUGAAACAAGUAUUCAUUAACAUUUUAAUAUUAUUUACCGUAUUUUAACAUUAGUAUAUGUAGAUAUAUUCUUGCUAUUGUCACAGGGGCCCUGCGCAGCCGGUUCUGCUUAUGUGAUAUUAAAAAGAGCACUAUUAUAGCUUUAUACCAGUAAUAAUGUUUUAAUCAUCUUGGAAAAGCUACUUAAUAAAAAUUAGCUUUGUCUUGCGAUUUUCCAAAUCGAACCACACGGAAGAUAUGAAAAUAGUAUCUUAAUUGUGUAUUUGCAAAAAGCAUACUAAUGAUGGUUGUUUUAUUAGCCAUAAAGAAAGGAGAGGUUGACACUUACUAAACAGGCAGCAAUGCUGUUGCAGUUUGUUUAAUUCAUUGUGCCUACUGUGUAUCUAUUACUUACUAUAACAGUGACACCUCAUGUAUCCUCUUGUACAACACUCUCUUAAGAACGAUGUAGUCUCAACAUUUCCAAUGUGAAUGCAAGUAAAACAUAGAUUGGCAUAUGAUUUUGCAGUACGUUCAAAAUGUACUGGCAGUCUGGAUUUCAAGCCUUUUAUCUAUCCCCAUUAUAAAGUAUGUUACUGAAUAACAGCACAAUAUUUUUGUAUUUUUCUACAAACAAACAAAAACAGAAAGAAAGAAUACACAUAAAAAAAGAGUAAAGAUAAU